GAUAAGGAAACACGUUAGAAUUGCUUCUCUCUCGCUUGCAAAUUUUUACAGAAAUUUACAGGAUUAUUUCCUUGUAGAUUGACUCUAUUAGUUGUUAUUAAUUUCGGUAAGAGAAACAAACUUAAAAGUCUAGUUGAGUGUUUUUGUACUGUCUCGCAAUUUACUACCGUUCUACAAGCUUGCACGUGUUUGGUGUUGUGUGUGUGAAUCUACAACUACAGCAGGCUGACAUAAGAGAAAACCGGCAUUUUUGGUAGACGUGAAAUCAUCUGAUUUUCUGCUAGUUUUUGGUAAAACUUCGCCACUCAAAGUUGUCCUCACUUUUCAACAUGGCCGAAGGCACCAACGAAAAGAACAUACAUGGAUUGAGUUUCCAACCAUUACCGCAGGGUGAUCCAGGCUUUGCGAUGUACCCUGCCCCCGGGAGCGGACCCCCAUCCCCACUCCCCGUCAUGACAGUCAAGACCAAGGGCGACGAAAACGAAGAGCGCGGUAAUUGGUCAAAUCACAUGGAAUUUUUGCUGUCUUGCAUCGGGUAUGCCGUUGGGCUUGGAAACGUCUGGAGAUUCCCAUACCUUUGCUAUAGCAACGGGGGAGGUGCCUUCUUGAUUCCUUAUCUGGUCAUGUUAUUGUUCGCUGGACUUCCCCUUUUCUUCAUGGAGUUGGCUUUUGGCCAGUAUAGCAGCAGCGGACCUAUUCGGUGUUGGAACUCUGUUCCAAUGUUCAGAGGUGUGGGUAUCGGCAUGGUGAUAGUGUCAGCAUGGGUCGGCAUAUACUACAAUGUGGUCAUCACCUACACUCUCUACUACAUGUUCAUGUCCCUCACGACCAGCCUACCAUGGGCAGGCUGCGAUCAUGAGUGGAACACAGCCUUCUGCAGCGACCUAUACAAAGACUGUAUUAAAAGUGGUGGCAUCAUUACCUUCAACAACACCUGCGUUCCCGUGGGAAAUCUGACCAGUGUGGAGAUGGACAUGUAUAACAUCACCGUAAAUGGGAACUCGACUGAUUUGUCGAGCUAUGUUGACCCUCUGAAGGGCUUGAGAGUGCGCCCGACAGAAGAAUUCUACAAGAAUGGAAUGUUGCACGACUCUGGUGAUAUCGGUAAAUCCGGUUACAUCAUUUGGCAGUUGGCUUUGUGCUUGGCUCUGGCUUGGUUGUUGGUCUUCGGCUGCCUUGUCAAAGGCAUCAAAUCUUCCGGAAAGGUUGUUUACUUCACCGCCACUUUCCCAUACAUAGUCUUGGUGAUUUUACUUUUCCGUGGUAUCACAUUGGAGGGAUACUGGAAGGGAGUGGAGUACUUCGUGACCCCAAGAUGGAAUCAUCUCGGUGAAGCAAAGGUAUGGAAAGAUGCUGCUGUCCAGAUCUUCUAUUCUCUCAGUGCGUCAUGGGGUGGCCUUAUUACUUUGUCUUCCUACAACAGGUUCAAGAACAAUUGCCUAAGAGAUGCAAUUCUCGUGCCGGUUUUGAACUGUGGAACCAGUAUUCUUGCCGGAUUUGUGAUCUUCUCCAUCCUUGGAAACAUGUCUCAUGAAUUGGAUAAACCUGUGGAAAAUGUUAUCGAUGAAACUUUUGGUCUUGCCUUUAUCGUGUAUCCUGAGGCUGUUCUUCAUUUCCCUGCUGCCCCAGUCUGGUCCUUCUUAUUCUUUUUCAUGUUGUUGACUCUCGGACUUGACAGCCAAUUUUGCAUUGUGGAGACUGUAGUCACUGCUGUCAUGGACCAGUUCCCUGAGAAGUUGAAGGGAAAGAAGACCUUCGUCGUUGCUGGAUACUGUGGUGUUUGCUUUCUGCUCGGACUCAACACUGUAACGCAGGCUGGUAACUACUGGGUGUGGCUAAUGGAUAAAUACGCUGCAGACUUUGCCUUGUUGAUCUUCGGUCUUUGUGAAUGCAUAGCUCUGGGAUGGUGUUACGGCGCUAAACGAUUCACCAAUGACAUCCGAACAAUGCUCGGUGACAAAGUUGUGGAUUCUAUCUUCUUCAAGUGGUGGCCACUCAACUGGUGUUGCAUUACUCCAUGUGUACUUGCUUUUGUCUUGAUGUUCAACUGGAUUUCCUGGACCAACCCCACCGCUAAGGACUACGAAUUCCCCCCAUGGGCUCACGCUAUUGGAUGGCUGAUGAUCAGCUCUACCCUCAUCUUUAUCCCCAUCGUCUGGGUCUGGGAGUUCAUCCGAGCUGAAGGAACUGUCACAGAUAGACUUCGUACAAUGAUCACCCCAACCUCUGAAUGGGGACCAGCUCUCCAACACCACCGCGAGGAAGCAACUAGAGUCCACCAGCGAAACGGGACAAUCAUGGGCGGUACCGUGGAUGGAGUCGAUGCUGGCAGAAUUACCAAAUACAUGCCCUGUGAAAAUGGUGUCAGUUUACCACUGGAGGUUCGUGGGGCCUGCGCACCGCCACCAACAGAGGGCGCCGGAGCCGUUACGCUACAAGGUUACAAUGGUAACGCUGUAUAACUUUCCCUACUGCAAAAGCUUGAGUGAUCGUUGCGAUGCAAGAGUCACAAACUGAAAUUCAAAGGGGCAUUCAUGCGGGCCUCGGCCCAAGGAGAAAUGCCCUCUUUGAGUUUCUUUUUCGAUCUCAGGACUAAUGCCAGCAUGAAGGUGUCCUUCCAUGAUUUUCAGAGCACAGGAACCAUUUCCUCAAAGAGAACAUGGCGGAGAAAUGUAACCUCCAAGUUGAGGCAGGAUCCUCCAGAAUUAAAACUGUGAGGUUUUAUCUCAGGGUUUAUGCCAGUGGCAAAAUGUUCCAUCCAUACCUUUAUGCCAAGUUUCAAAGGGACUGUAAACCAGUGGUUAAAACAAGAAAUACAUUUUGGGGAAGUAACAUCAGUAUUUGGCAAAAAUAGAUACUUGUACCACUUCCUUUAAAAAACACACAGGAAAAAAGUAAACUUUCUGAAACGCAUUAUUAUACCUCAUAACUCAUUCCAUACUAAUAUCCAUUGCUCAUUGUAUACGAGUACAAUCAUCUUGAUGGCUAUUCCCCAUAAUAAUAAUCAAAUUUAUACCAGUGGUUUACGAGUCCCUUUCAUCAAGUUGGAAGAUAUUUGUAAAUACGGCAUGCCAAGAUCAAAUUGUAUUUGAAGCUGACUUGGCAUUAUGUUUAUUGAUAUAAACCAAAGUGAUUUGGUUUAGCAGUGCCGCCAUUUGGGGAAUGUAUUUUUGGGAAAUGAAAGUAAGGUCAUAAGGGCAAAGGUCAUUCCCAUAGAAAAGAAACCCCUACAACUGUGGUUUUGACUGCACGUUGAAUUAUUGUGACACUGCUAAACUCACUCGCUUACAUGUUGAACAUGUUAAAAGGGUAUCUCUGGAGCCAGUAUUUUUUAAAAACCGAUGUGUUAAUUUUGUCAUUUAUAAUAUCUCUUAGUCAGGCCUGGUGCCAAGUAUGUUAACAGUAUUUUAAUUGUUUACUAUUAACUAGGAUAUCUGCAAUGUGAAUAAAACUAUGGGGGAAUCUUUUAGAGGAAGGGUUAUACACGUCAUACAGAAGUGAUUUUUUGAAGAGUUGAAACUACUGGAAAUCUUCUUUCUGACCAAAUUUAGAAAAACAUCACCAUCUCCUUUUUUAAAAUCCUGUAUGAAUAGGACGAGACAGGAUCUACUAUCAAAGUAGUGAAAAAAAUCAGUGUGGCAAUAGUAUGAGAAGUUAAUAGUAUUCUGAAAUUGAAGAAUAAUGGUAUAAAAGUAAAACUUCUUUCAUGAUUACAGAAACAAACCACCACUUAAAAAGCAAGCUGGUUAAUGUUAAUUAUCAUUUAAUUUGAUCUGAUCAAACAUCAGAAAUUGUGCCCACCCAAAACAAACGGAUCUGGGUGCGUUCAUUAAAAAACACUACCUAGCUGGUACUCUGCAAACCCUUACCAACCGUAAACAGUGUGUGAUAUCAGCUUACCAAUAAGUGCUUUUAAAAAUGUUUUGCCAAUUAAAGUACAAUGUCUUUAUAAACAUUUGCAGUACAUGUGGUAACUAUUACUAUAACAUCGUAUUAUUAUUAAUAUAUACAGGUGUAUUUAAUAGUUGGGCCUAUAAUUAUAGUUUAUAGUUUCUUGUGCAAUCAUGGUGAACAAAUUCUUCAGAAAUUAACAGUAUUACAUAACACUUGGAGACUGUAGUCCCAGUUCAUAUUUCAUGCGAUAUACAAAUUUUGACGUUUCAAAUUCGCAACGCAUCUUCGCAACAGUCAAAUAAACACACACAAUUUGUGUCAAAACAUUUUCGACCUACAAAGUUGUCUAACAUUUUUAGAGAUUUACCUCCUCAAAAAAGGACAGCGAAUAAUAGAUAUCCGGCAGCUUUAAUCCUGAAUACAAUGUGUAGCCUCUGCUUCAAAUAAUUGAAACGCAACCAUUUUUUUGCGUAUAAAUAACUCAAAUUAUAAUGUACCUGGAAUUAAUUGUGCCCAAUGCCAAUGUGAAGAGUAAAACUGAAACACCGUUGCCUUUUCUUUAUCGUGCAAACGGUCAAACUGCUUUAUUGCACCAAUCAAUGCACAUUACAUCGAAAUAGUUUCCUAGUUUUAUUUUUAUUUUCAGUAUCUUUUCAGUUUCAUUCGUAUAUUUUUUUUUUCCAGUUUUAGGUGUUAAAGUACAUAUUUUGGUGUGCUUAUUUUCGUCACGGUGUAUUUUUUAAAUUGGAUGAUUUCAUAUCGAGGGUUUAGAAGUUGGGGUAUUUGAUAAAGACAACAUUUCAAAAUACUAAACCAGUCAAAAACAUAUAAUGUGUAUUUUGUUACCCUAGCGUCUGCAUCUAGGCUAUGGUAGAUAAAUCAUGUCGAGAUUCUUACAAAGUCGUUCAAUUUAAAAAAAAACUUUACUGAAAACAAAAAAACCGAAAUUAUUUCUGAAAUGAGUUCUGAAAUAAUGAUACACCGUGAACUUCGGGUAGUUUGUUGUUUCUGUAUUGUCUCAUUUAUUUAAUUUAAGUUUAAUCACGUACUAAGUUUAUUUCAUGUUAAUAAAUGUACAGUAAGAUCAUUGCUUAUAUUUAUUUAUAACAAAUUUGUCAUCAUUAUAUUUUGUAAACUUAUGUUUUCCAUGAGACUUUAUCAUGCAUGAAUCUGAACUCCAAUAACCAAGAAAAAGAUGAAGUCAUUUUCAUUAUUGCAGUUCGUGAAACGUCCUUUUUUAAUUUCUGAGAAAAAAAAAAACUACGUAAUGUGUUUUUGAAAAAAGGUAAUUUUUACUGAAUGAGCAAAUAACUUGUAUAAAACCUAAAUGUGCUGUGUGCUAUACUAGCCUUUAGAUGUUUAGUGAGAGCACCAAUCCCAUAGCAAACCGCCAUAUUAUGGCAAACAACUUGUCUAAAAAGAAGGAAUAUUGUUGCAAACUGCUUACCAAUCCAAAUAACCUGUGCUAUAAAUGCAAAAUCCUAGCAUAUCCUAGCAGAGUCUUUCUUAAAAGGUUAAACAAUGUUUAGCCUUUGAAAGAGACUUGACUGUUGGUCGAAACCGCUUGUAUCUUGCUUGAAAGUUUCAAAUGUACUCUUGUAUGAAAAAGAAAUCGAACAAGUUCUACACGAGUAACAAUAAUUGCAUUUUUAUAGCAACUGCAGAUUUGAGCACUCCUUGCCCUCAAUUGAAUUUUAGGAUUUGAAAUGUUGUGAAACCAUGUUGACGUUCCACAAUUAAUACCAAGGGUCUGUGUAUGGUGUGUAUGGUUCCAAUCGUAUGGAACCAUUCUCAACUUAGAUUUAGAACUUACAUUAUGUACUGAUGUCCAUGUAAAAGCCAUUGGCUUGUAAAAGACCGUAGCCAUUUUAAGCAAUACUUAAACAAGAGGCUGAUUUAAACAAAAAAUAACAGACAUAAAUUUUGAAUGCUGUUUUUUUGUUUGCUUCAGAAAGGCUUUGGUGAAAUCAUGAAUCGGUGCAUACAUGUUUAGUGUAAUAGUAUUAGUGACUAACGUUUUAGAGAAUGUGUAUUUUAUUAUUAGGGACGUGCUCGCAAACGAACUCAAUGCAAAGUGGAUUUUUAGUCUGGCUCCAUUGUGAUCAGUAACAGUUAAGCCAAAAUUGCACAAAGGGGGACCAGACUGAAACAGCAACGGGCGGUGAAAAUAAAAUGGCCGCCCGUUGCGAUUCAUGCUAUGACCAACAUGCUGAUAAAUCCACACGCAUUUGAGACGAAUAUUAACUGUACAUAAACUGUGUGCACUAUUGCAUGAGCUCACUUUAUAGAAAUAUUUUUUCAAAAAACGAUAAAACAAAAAGCAAAAAAAAAAAAAAAAAAAUCAACAAAACAAUUCUAGUUGUUCGUACUUCUUUUUUUAUAAGGCCACGAUCGACAUUUGAGAAAUGCAGUUCUCCAAAAAUGUAAUCUUACGUAAUUACAAAAUGUAUUCCCUGUGAAAUUAUAAGACAGCAAAAUUUAAUGUAGACUUGUAAAACACCCACAAAGCAAACCUUGUCAUGUAUGGCAUAGACCUUUACGUAAUGAAUCGUAUAAUCACUACAUUCUAACACGAGCUGAGUCCCCUUGCUUUAAAAUCUUACUUAUGUAUUAACAUACGCUCGGUGUAACCACAAGAAAAAUUUGAGAGAUAAUGAAGUAAAACAAAAAAAUAAGAAAAGGUUAUUAUAAAGUUGUUUAGAUUUUGACAUUGGACCAAGGGUCGGAAGUUGUCUAUGUUAUACCCUUAAUAAAGUAGGCCUACAAGUUGUUGUUGAACUGUAAACCCAUAAACAGUAAGAGACUAGAGUGCCAGCCACGUUUAAUAUUAGUAUUGCAAAACCUUAACAAAUGUUUUAACUGAGAAGUUUAAUUGAGUUUUUAAAAAUAAAGUUGAAAGAGAACUGCA